AUGGCCAACCUCAACCUCCCGGUGGUCGUCUUCCUAUUCGUCCUCCUCACCCAACUCGUCGCCUGGGUCGGCAAGACGGCCCUCCAAGAGCUCGCGUUUGGCCUGUACACGCGGCUCUUCCUCGCCGGCUCCGAGAAGGCACAGAAGCGCCUCCGCGCGCAGGUGCUCCAGGACAAGGCCGAGCUGAGCAAGACGAGCAGCCAGGACGAGUUUGCCAAGUGGGCCAAGCUCAAGCGCAAGGUCGACAAGGGGCUCGCUGACCUCGAGAAGACGAACAACACGCUGUCUUCGGCGCGCGCGUCGUUCACUGUCCGCUUCUCGACCUUCAUUUGGGUGAUUACGACCGGCGCGUCCUUUUUCCUCGCGUGGUGGUACCGCCGCGUACCUGUGUUCUAUGUCCCGGCCGGCUGGGUGCCCGGUCCCGUUGCAUGGCUCCUCGCGUUCCCUGGCGCGCCGAGGGGCUCUGUAAGCGUCGGCGCGUGGAGCACCGUGUGCAAGCAGGUCCUCCUGACCGCUGAAGGAAUCGUCAAGACGCUGCUCACACCCACUCCCGUGGCCGAGCCUAUGCCCGUCCCCGCCGAGAUGCCCGAGAUGGCUGGCACGACGAUGUCGAAGGGCGACCUCCGUCCAGCUAAGAUCGAGGAGAUCCACACCGACGAGCUCGACUAG